AUGGCGACAACAUAUCCCUUUCCGGAUAACGUUCAUGUCUCAAGUUCGGUCACUCUCAAGCUUACUGAUAGCAAUUACUUGCUUUGGAAGACGCAGUUCGAGUCUCUGCUGUCUAGUCAGAAGCUUAUUGGUUUCAUAAAUGGUGCUGUCACGGCUCCAUCUAAAAGUCGUCUCGUUGUCAACGGUGAUGUCACCACCGAAGUUCCAAACCCCCAGUAUGAGGCUUGGUUAUGUACUGAUCACAAGCAUAUUGAUGAGUCCAUGAAGAUCUUUGGCUUUCUCAAUGGGUUGGGGAGAGAAUAUGACCCUAUCACCACUGUUAUCCAAAAUUACCUGAGCAAGCUCCCUACUCCUACCUUCAACGACGUCAUCUCAGAGGUCCAAGGAUUUGAUACCAAGCUGCAGUCGUAUGAUGAUUCUCCAUCCGCCAAUCCUCAUCUCGCUUUCAUGACUGAAAAGACGAACCCGUGUGCUUCCCAGUAUCAGCCAAACUCAAGAGGUCGUGGAGGUCGCUUUAGUCAAAACAGAGUAAGAGGUGGAUACAGUACUCGAGGUCGUGGCUUCUCUCAGCAUCAAUCCAGCUCUACAACGCAAGGGGAGAGACCAAUCUGCCAAAUUUGUGGCCGUACUGGUUACACAGCGAUAAAAUGCUACAACCACUUUGACAAUAACUAUCAAAGUGAGGUCCCAAGUCAAGCGUUUGCAUAUCUCCGCGUGUCUGAUGAGAAUGGAAGAGAAUGGCACCUUGACUCAGCGGCUACCGCUCACAUCACCACCUUAACCUCAGGUCUACAAGAUGCUACCUCGUACAAAGGGACUGAUGCUGUGAUGGUUGGAGAUGGAGCCUACCUACCGAUCACUCAUAUUGGAUCAACCACCAUUUCCUCUGCAAAAGGUACUAUUCCUCUUAAUGAAGUUCUAGUUUGUCCUGAUAUGCAAAAGAAUCUUCUAUCAGUAUCUAAGUUAUGUGAUGAUUACUCUUGUGGAGUGUUCUUUGAUUCUGAUUUUGUAUAUAUAAUUGAUUUAACCACUCAGAAAGUGGUGUCAAAGGGUCCUCGUAAAAAAGGACUAUAUGUACUGCAGAAUCAAGAAUUUGUUGCGUUCUACUCAAAUCGUCAGUGUGCAGCAACCCUGGAUACUUGGCAUCAUCGGUUAGGACACUCAAACUCAAGGAUUCUUCAGCAUCUUCGAGCCUGCAAGGAGAUUGAAGUGAAUAAGAGCAGAACUUCUCCCAUUUGUGAGCCUUGCCAGAUGAGAAAGAGCAAUAAGUUACAGUUUUUUUCUUCUGAUUCUAGAGAUUUACAACCCCUAGAGAGAGUUCAUUGUGAUCUUUGGGGGCCAUCACCAGUUGUUUCAAACAAAGGAUUCAAGUAUUAUGCAGUUUUUGUUGAUGAUCAUUCUCGGUAUUCUUGGUUCUUUCCUUUGUGA